AUGGCAGAAUCGAUCUGUUCGAAAUCGAAGGACAUAGACUUAACUCGAUACCAUCAGCGAGAUUUAUCUCGCACUUACGAGUUUCGGAUGGCCUGUGCUAAAUCAGGUCCUCCCAAAUCGAGAAUUAGGCGCAUCAUUGCCCCUCCAAUGGAGAAAGUGGAGUCUCCGACUUCACAGCCCGGAGGGGUAAUCCGUCUGGAUCCCGGCAGUGGUCAAAAACCAAAGACCUUUACAAUGCCGGGAAUUAUAACACCGGAGACCGGGCCGAGCUGUUCCGACUGGAUUGCUGCAAGAAAAUCAUUUCGGCACCAGCUGGACAGCAUGGGUGAUGUCUGGGAGUACCUGCAGGGGAAACCGGUACUUACCGAGUCUGAGGCCCGAGUCAAAGAGAGACUGUUACGGUCCAAAAGCCUCACCCCCCGCGGAACAUCUUCAGACCGGGAAGCCCCGGAAGGGGUGUCGGGGAAGAAGGCAAAAGGACCGGUAACCAACUUAAUUACCGCAGACACGGCAAUGGACCGCAAGGUUAUCAAAAGUCCACGGUGCCGCUUCACCGCACCAACCCUUCAAGCUCCCAGCCCGGACGGUCUGGGAGUCGUGGACAAAUACUUGCACCAGCGCCGCCUGCGUCUCGUGGACACUUACAACCAGACUGACAAGGCCAAGAAGAAGACCAUAUCCAUCAAUGACUUCAAGGCUGUCAGGAAAGAGGCUGGAUUACCAAUGAGUGACACUCAGGUUGAAGAUAUGAUAAUCUCACUGAGCGACAGCACUCCAAACUCUGUGAACUAUAAGGAGCUGUCCAGAGGUCGUUCUGCUUGGAGGAAAGAGCAUACGGAGGAACACUUUAAAAACAUCAACGCAAAACCAGCUACAACACUCCCUCCCAUUUCUCCAAGAGGACAGAAACCUUUGUGUCCUGAUGAUGUCGACCAUACAGCGAGGGGAUCUUCGCCCAGCUAUGGUGAGCAAAGUGAGAGCAGCAAUUCACGCUUUCUAAAAUUGCCCCCAAUUGACCUUGAGGAGAAGAGACCCCUCAGUUUUGAGGACAUGGAAGAUGUCAUCAAGGAUUACAGAGAUCAAAAGCGCAGAGUAAAGAGUAACACCCAGCCCCAACAUUGGUUGGAUCACAGUCGUACCGUCCGGACUUGGAAUGAUGCAGUGGACGCCCACUCUCAGCCAUCUACGAUGGGCGAAGAGAUUGGAGAAAAGGCGAACAAGUACCGGAUGAAGUGUUUGUGGCAGUACCACGAGAUCCUGAAACUUUGUGAGAUCUACAAAGUGCCAUUGUCUGAGGAACUUCUAGAGAGAGCGCUGUUGUACCCCGGGGACCGAUGGGUUUCUGCUUCAGGACAACCUUUAAAGAUUCGUCAACCUGGAACAGAUGCUUUUUCCAAAAAAGAUGUCCUCAAAAAGCACAUCCUUACUUCGGGGGAACUUCUAGGUCGUGGAAAACCCGGGGACCGAUUGAUUCGUGCUUCAGGACAACCUUUAAAGAUCUGUCAACCUGGAGAUGUCCUCAAAAAACAGACCGUUCUUCUAGAUCGUGGAAACACUGGCAAAACUCAGAGAGUCAUUCCUGCCCGUACACCAUACCCUCCUAAGGCCUAUGUAAAACAAGUGAAAGCCAGAGUGAGAGGGGAUGUGAAGUCCACCAAGGAGACACUGGACUGCUGGGUCACAUUUCAGCAGUUCAAAGGGAUGAUCUGUAACCUGAAGAGGAGAUAUGCCUACCGCUUCAGGACCACUGAAGACAACGCCUUUUGGCCUGGCCAUCUCCUGGACAAGCUUCGUGUCUAUCUGCCGCAGUCAACUCAGGCAGAAUAA